CUCUGACUCACUUUCAUCUGCAGAAACAUAGUGACUGUGCGUUUCAACACUUCCCACGCCUGCUUGCCUGGCACCACCGCCGCUCAUGUUGCCUUGACAACCUCGCCAUUCUGCAGCCAUGAUCAAGCCGGGGCUCGAAAGAAUUGGCCAACUCCUCAAGGAUGUCCAUCUCCCAUGGAAAUCCAUCCAUGUUGCGGGCACUAACGGCAAAGGCUCGAUUUGCGCCUACGCGUCUGCUCUUCUCACGCGUCGAUGUAUCAAAACCGGCUGCUUCACGUCUCCCCAUCUAAUCCAUAGAUGGGACGGCAUCACGAUCAACCACACUCCAGUCCCCGAACAUGUGUUCAAAAGAGUCGAACAAUACUUCCUCGAUCUAAAUGAAGAGGCGAAAAUCAAUGCUUCGCCUUUUGAGAUUCUCACCGCCACCGCCUUCAAGCUGUUCACUGAUCAAAAGGUCGAGGUUGGCGUUGUCGAGGUCGGUAUGGGCGGGAAGCUCGAUGCUACUAACAUACUCAACAAUCAAGUCGUAUCUGUGAUAGCGAGAAUUGCUCAUGACCACCACAGCUUUCUUGGACACUCACUCGACGAAAUCGCAAGCCACAAAGCUGGAAUACUAAGACCUGGAGUCCCAUACCUGGUCAACCCAACAAAUGAAUGGCACGUACAACAGGUUGUCGCCGACUACGCCAAGGAAAUAGGAGCCGGCCCUCUGGUUGAGCUAGACACCGAAGAAAAUAGGGAAGAGCUCUUUAAGACGAAAGCUUGGCAUGAACUUGCGCGAAACAUGCUCCCAUUCCAACGGGACAAUGCUGUCUUGGCCUACUUCGCAGUCAUCGAAACGCUUAAAGGCCAGCACAUGUCGCAUUUGAAGGCUCGGAAGCUGCUCCCGGCUCUGAAGAAGAAGAAUAAGAAUGGCCUACCUGGGCGUAUGCAGUUGCAGAGGAUCCCAUCCGUUUUCGGUAGUGGAGGGCCGCAGAUUCUCAUUGAUGGAGCUCACAAUGAAGAUGCGGCAGUCGAGUUGAAUCGGUACAUCAACAAAAAUCUCCGAAACGCCAGGCUAAUAAACGGAGUGCCCGAAGGCGGUCGUCCCAUCACUUGGGUAGUUGCCAUGUCCGAAGGAAAAGAUGCUCACAAGUUCCUGUCUCGUCUGCUCAAAGCCAGAGACAGGCUCGUGGCAACUUCGUUUGAGCCCGUGGAUGGUAUGCCCUGGGUGAAACCGAUGCAGCCCAAGCAUAUAGCUGAUACUGUCCACAAUAUCCAGUGGGAUGUGACGACAAUACAGAACAAUGAGCCUGGUGUUCUAAAGGCACUCUGCACAGCAAAAUAUCUCAGAGGCCUUGGCGAUCCGAUCGUUGUGACAGGAAGUUUAUACCUUGUAGGUCAACUUCUUCGCGAGAUGGAGGAAUAUUCAAUCUAUGGAGAUUCCCGCCUCGACAUGCCAGAAAUAGAUCGAAAAGAACGUAACCACGUGAAUGCUUUCCUUUCCGACCUGAAUAAACCUUUCAGGGAAGUGAGCUUAGAGAAUAGAGCAUACCGUGACACGGCCUCAGAGCGCGAGGAACAAGAAAUACAGGUACUACAACGUGAAAUCGAAGCUCUCAACAAAGAACUCGAACGUGUCAACCAUGAGGAGCGCGAUCUCAAGAAAUGUGAAGCCUUCCCCAAGAAAACGCCUUCGCAACCCAGGGAAUACGACACCGCCUUAAACGAAAGGGAAGACAUCUUUGCCGAAUUCGAAGCUAUCCGUAAACAACUAGAUGAUCUCUCUCCGCCACCGUCUAGUCCACCAAGGACAACCGAACGCAACGACAACAAUCUCAAGGAGAUGGUGAAAAACGUGCCCACCCGUCGAAGCAUUGAAGAUGUAAUGGCAGACCCGGUCGCCCGCGUGCCCAUACGCACACAUUUUGCUAUCAGCAAAGACGAAAACGAAAAAAUGUUCCGACCACGAAUUAUUCGCCCAAUCCGCCAUGACCUUGGUCCCCAGAUCCAUCGCAUAAUGUCAGGUCCACCUAAGAGUUCGGAUCAUGAUGACAAGUGAUUUGGACCAAGCACCGACUCAGCACGCUGAGGACUUGUCAGACGACGAACCUUUGUGUUGUAGAAGCGCCGUCUACAAGGGCAUAGCUAACAUGUCGUGUCGAAGUUAGAGGGAAUCUCUUCGAGAUCGGAGUUGGCUGGUGGGACUGAGAGCCCUGCCUUGGCUCUUGGUGUAUCUCUCGGCCAGCUAGCAUCACCUUACUGUAUUGUUCGCAUGUACUAGUCCAUUAGAUGGCGUACAUUCGAAAAUUAAUGGCACCUUCGAGAUCUCGACUGUAUUGAAAUGGAUGCUUAGAUUGUACUAUAUGUAGAUCGGUAUGUUUGGAUAUAGAUAGCUUGGUGGAAAAAUGUCCUUCCUGCCUUCUACUUGUAAUUAUACGUGAAACCCUAAAUUCCC